AUGAGCGAAGUUGCCAAGAAACAAAAGACGGAAGAGGGAUCUGUGGUGACCAAGGUUGAGUCUAAUGAGGUUUCCGAGACAGCUGCUCCCGUUACUGCCGAGGUGAAGGACAUUGGAGUCACCGAGCCUCGAGUUGGAAUCACAGAGUACAUUUCUCCGGGACUGGCCGGGUUCCGAGGUAUUCUGAAGCAGCGAUACAGCGAUUUCAUGGUCAACGAGAUCGGUCUGGAUGGCCAGGUGGUGCAUUUGACCGACACUGGGGCUCCUGGGGCUCAGGAUCGAAGAAGAGAGCGACGGGAGGCCGAGCGGGCUGAAGAAGAGGCCAAGAAGGAAAAGGAGGCCGAGGAGGAGGAAGAGGCCAAGCCCAAGUUUGUUGUCAGUCCCGAGAACACUGAGAAGCUGCUCAAUGUGUUUUCGCAGGCAGAUAUUGAUAACAUGGUGGCAUUGUUCAACACUGGAACCAAGAUGGAGACCGAGAAGGGAUACGACGAUAAAGAGACCCGUACAGCCAUCCACCAGACGAUCCGAGAGGUGUUUGAGGGUAAGCUGGAGACGAAGACGUCCGCCGACAACAAGUUCAUCAUCACGCUGGCGUCUGGUAACCCUCGGUACUCACGAACUGCUCGGGAGAAGCUCAACAAGAUGUACGGCCCCAAAAAGGAGUUUGUGCACUUUUCGCUAUACAAGGAGAACAAGGAGACCAUGGAGGCUGUGAAUCUCAUUUCCAAGUUCCUCAAGGCCAAGCCCAGCCAGUUCACUUACGCCGGAACCAAGGAUAAGCGAGGAGUCACUGUUCAGAAGAUGACAGCUCGAGGAAUCAGCGGAGGAGUCGAGCGAGUCAAGGGACUGAACAAGACUCUUCGAGGCAUGAAGCUGGGCUCGUUUGCGUACUCCGACGAACAUUUGCGUCUCGGAGAUCUCGAGGGAAACGAGUUUAUCAUCACCAUUCGAGAAAUUGAUGGUAAGCAGUCUGAGAUAGACGCUGCGCUUACUUCGCUCAAAGAGCACGGAUUCAUCAACUACUACGGAAUGCAGCGAUUUGGCACCUUUUCAAUCUCCACCCACGAGGUCGGACGCCACGUGCUGGCCUCUCAAUGGGACGAGGUGGUCGACAUGCUUCUGCGGCCCCAAGAACUCGCUCUGGAGGAGUCCAAGGAGGCGCGACAGAUCUGGAAAGACACCAAGGACGCCGGAAAGGCACUGACAAAGAUGCCCUUCCGAUGCGCUGCUGAAUGCGCUAUUCUGAAGGCUCUCAAAAACGACCCCAACUCGCUCAACGCUGUCAACAGAAUCCCCCGAAACCUCAGAAUCAUGUACGGACACGCAUACCAGAGCUACGUGUGGAACGCAGUGGUGUCCAAGCGAGUAGCUAUGGGUCUCAAGGUGGUCGAGGGCGAUCUUGUGAUCGACGAUAACGCCAACAAGGACGGUAAGAUUGAGGACAGCAAUGAAGAGUCCGGUCAGGACCUCAAGAUCGAUCCCUUCACUCGAGCUCGACCCAUCACUGCCGAGGAAAUAGCCUCCAACAAGUUCUCCAUCUACGACAUUGUGCUGCCCACUCCUGGACACGAUGUCAUCUACCCUACCCAUCUUGAAGAGGAGUACAAGAACAUCAUGGCCAAGGACAACCUCGACCCCCAUAAGAUGGCCCGAACGAUCCGAGACUACUCGCUGGCCGGCGGGUACCGUCACGUGUUUGCCAAGCCUUCGGGAGUCGAGUGGUUCUUUGAAAAGUACUCCAACCCCGUCGAGCAGUUCGUCAACACUGAUUUGGAUAUGCUCGAGAAGGGAGUCGACAGAUACACCCAUUGCGACGAGCAGGACGGAGACAAGCUCGGUCUGGUGCUCAAGCUGCAGCUGGGCUCGGCUCAGUACGCUACUAUGGCGCUUAGAGAGGUCAUGAAGGUCGAUACUUCGAGACGGUCGGAUUCCUUCAAUGUUAGAGUGUAA